AUGCCUGGGAUCUCCCUUGACCUCAUCAGCCACAAGCUCAACAUUAGUCCAACCUUCAAACUAGUCCAUCAAAAACAAGGAGCCUACAACACCGAACGAUAUGAGGCUAUAAAGGUUGAAGUGGACAAGCUGGAGACAAUUGACUUCAUCCAGGAGGUCACCUACCCCAUCUGGCUCGCCAACUCGAUCUUCGUGAAAAAGACAAAUGAGUUGUGGUGCAUGUGCCAAGACUACACUGAUCUGAACAAUGCUUGCCCAAAGGAUAGCUUCCCAGUGUUGAGGAUCAAUCAACUAGUCAAUAAGAUCUUUGCCGAACUUAUCGGCACUUCAAUGAAGGUUUACACGGACGACAUGCUGGUCAAGAGCAAGACUGCCGAUCAGCAUCUCCACAACCUCUCACUCAUGUUCGGUGUUUUGGAGAAGUACAACAUGCGCCUCAACCCAAACAAGUGUGCCUUCGAUGUCUCUUCCGGCAAAUUUGAAGGUGAAAAAAUCAAGGCAUUACUCAAUAUGCAGGUGCCAAAGACAUAG